AUGUCGGACCGUGAGAGCAGCAUUGUUGCCGAGAACGAGAAUGAACUGAAAACCGGCGAAGACUUUAUUGAAAAUGUAGCCGAACAGGAUGCUGAAGACAACGCAAACGACGAGGUCUCAGCUCUAGACUCCUCCGAGGAGGACGAGGACGAAGAUGAGGACGAAGAAGCUCUACGCAAAGUGCGGGAAGGAUUUAUCGUGGACGAUGAGGAGAGCAGUCAAGAAGAUGAAAGCAUAGAUGAGGACGAGCGCAGGAGACGUCGUAAGCACAAAAAGAGAAAGAGAGAAGCAAUCAGAAAGCUUGAGGAGGAUGACGAACUUGAUGAGGAUGACUUGGAGCUGCUCAGAGAAAAUGCUGGUGAGCUACCGCGUCAUUUAGCAGAAAAAACCAAAUUCAAGCGUCUUAAAAGGGGAGGUGACGAUCAAACGUCGGCAGGACCGACCUCCAAAGGCCUGACAGAUAUGUUUUCGGACGAAGAGGGCGCUGGGGAAGAGGACGGCGAGGAAGGAGAAGAACAAGAGGAGGAGGAAGAUGAUCUGAUGGAAGCCUCUAAAAAGUUAAGACAGCAACGACAGCAAGAUCUUCUCGGGGAAUUUGAUGAUUUCAUUGAGGACGACGAGUUCUCAGAAGAUGAGGAAGAGAGAGAUGAGCGUCUUGCCAGGAUGAGAUCGGCAAGAGCCAAGCAAGCAAAUCUUGCUUCCAACUCGCAAUUCGACCAAGACAAGCUUGAUGAACUUUACGAAAUAUUUGGUGACGGAGAGGAGUAUGCAUGGGCUUUGGAAGCCGAAAGUCUCGACGAAGAGCCAGAGAUGGAAGACGAGGUCGAUGAGGAAGGUUACGCGGUCAAAAAACUUUCCAAGGAGACUCACGCGCUGAACAAGGUCUUUGAAUUUGAAGAGCUGAAAGAGCACCUUUUGACUGACAGAGAUCAAGAAAUCAGAAUAACAGAUAUUCCAGAGCGAUACCAGGCUUACAGAGAGCGGAUAACUAACUAUGAUUUGAACGAUGAAGAAUUUCAACUCAAGCAAAAUUGGGUCUCCAAAGUUUUGCUGGAGGAGAAGAAGGCCUUCUUUCUUGGAAAAGAAGAUCUCGUUGAACCAUUCCAAAAGGCUGUUGCCCAAAUCGUGUAUUUCGUCUCAAAGGACAACCUAGAAGUUCCAAGUAUAUGGAAUUGCAGAAAGGACUACACACUUCACACUUAUCGUGAAGACGGACAGUUACGAGUUCAAAAACUGCUGACCGAGGACGAUCUUUGGAGAAUCGUGCAGCUGGACAUAGACUUCUAUGCCCUUUUGGAGAAAAAGAAGAACAUUGAAAAGCAAUUCAAGUCAUUGGACACAGUCGAUACUCUUUACGAUGAGUAUAUUGAUUCUGCUAAGACAGUGACUGAGUUGCAGGAUCUUCAAGAAUAUCUUUCUUUCACAUACAGCGCAAGGCAACGCGAACUUUACCCUGAAGAGACGAAGGGGAAGCAGAAGUCGCACUCUAAAUACAAGAUCUUUGAGAGAAUCAAAAGCGACCCAGUUUACGAAGUGAUUGAUAAAAUAGGUAUCAAUGCGGAGAAAUUUGGAGAGAACGUCUUUACGAACAACAAGAUUUACUUGGUUGACGACAUCGACAAAAAAGCUGAUGACUUGAUCAGCGAGUGUGUUGAAAAGGGCUCAUUUUUUGACACCGUGGAGAAAGCAAGCAACGCUAUUAAACACAUGUUUUCUGAGCAGCUUUUCCACAAUCCAAAACUCAGAGCGCAUUUGAGACUUGCAUUCCAGAGUUAUGCUAGCGUGGAUAUAAAGCUUACCGAAAAAGGAAGACUCAAAAUCACUGAGAGCUCUCCUUAUGCUGACUUCAAGUAUGCUAUCAACAGACCCCUAGAAUCGUUCACCUUGCAACCAGAUUUGUUUUUGCGCAUGUUGGAAGCCGAAUCAUUGGGGCUUGUGAAAAUCGACAUCGGCCUGAAAAACGCCUUCGCAAACUUCGCUGACCACCUAUUUACGUUUUUGUCGUCGGAUGGUACCUCUGAUCUGAGCAAUUCUUGGAACAGCCUAAGAAGAGAAUGUCUUGACAUGGCUUUGAAAAAACUCAUUCCAUCGAUUGUUCUUGAUGUCAAAGAAAAGCUAAGAGACACAUGUGAAAGAUUACUGUUUUACGAAAUCAGAGAGAGCUUCAUGGAGAAGGUGGACCAGGCUCCGUUCCACCCACUCCCAACCGCCAAGGGCACUGUUCCAAAGGUUUUGGCAAUCACUAAUGGUGAUGGAAAGCGUGAUUCUGCAAUAAUUGCUGUUGCGAUGGACUACGACGGAACUGUUUUUGACCACAUCAAGUUUGAGCAAAAUCACAGACACGGAGAUUUUGAGAAGCAAUUUUUGGAGAUUGUCAGGAAGUUUAAGCCAGAGGUGGUCGCUGUGUCCAGCUACAACGUUGAAGUUUCUCACCUUUUCAGAAAGCUUCAGGACAUUGUCAGACUGAACAAUCUCACUGUUGAAAUUGAUGUUGAUGAGGAAUACGAGGGCGACCCAAUCCCACUUCCUGUUAUCUACGUUCCAAAUGAAACCAGCAGACUUUAUGAGCAUUCCGACCGGGCAGCUGAAGAGUUCAGUGACAAGCCAGUGGUGGCCCGUUUCUGUAUUGGUGUGGCAAGAUACGUUCAGAGUCCAUUGUUAGAAUAUAUGGCAUUGGGGGAUGCAGUGACUUCUAUUUCUGUGCACAAACAUCAAAAUUUGCUUCCAACUCAUAAGGUCAAGGAAGCAAUAGAUACGAUCUUUGUUGACGUUGCCUGUCUGGUCGGCAUCAAGAUCAAUGACGCCGUGAGGUCCCCUUACCUAUCUACCAUGCUGCAAUAUAUUGCUGGUCUCGGCCCUAGAAAAGCCAGCAGCUUGAUCAGAGGCAUCGAAGCCAAUGGAGGCUCUUUGCUGAGGAGAGACGAGCUGAUCGUGAGAGAGCUAUCCACCAAGGUGGUGUUCAUGAACUGUGCUCCGUUCAUCGAGCUGCCAGUUCCUGACAGGCCAGACAAAGACGUUGAGCUCCUGGAUGCCACCAGAAUCCAUCCUGAGGAUUAUGAGCUUGCCAGAAAAAUGGCGAGCGACGCUUUGGACCUCAGCGAAGAAGAGAAGCAGGAGAUUGAACAGGAAGAAGGUGGUGUCAUUUCCAAGCUUUACGACGAAGGAGUCGAGAAACUGGAUGACCUUCUUCUUGAAGGUUAUGCUGACCAGUUAGAAGAGCACGGACAUCGUAAGAGAGCGACCUUGGAAAUGAUCAAGGAAGAGUUGCAGAACAACUAUGAGGAACUCAGGAAAUCGUUCCACAUCCUCAGCGAGGAUGAGGUUUUUGAAAUGCUUACGGGCGAAUCGAAAGAGCUUUUCCAGCGUGGAAAACUAGUUUCAGUUAUUUUGCAAAGGGUUGACAACAGAUUCAUGUUGGGAGUUACUCAGUCUGGAAUUUCGUGUAACAUUAGCAGAUCCAAUGCGCUAGAAUACGGAGACAACACAAACCUACUCACGAAGUACCAGAAUGGACAAGCAGUUCAAGCUGUUGUUCAAACAGUCGACUACGCGAAUUUCAAAGCAGAAUUGUCUUUGCUGAAACGUGAUAUUGAGGAGGCAAGUCGCGGAAAGAAGGUGGAUAAGUUCCAAGGUCUGUGGGACUUCGAGGCUGAACGUGAGGAUCUUGCUAAGGAGCAGGAAAAAGAGAAGAAGGAGAACAGCACAAAACGUGUCAUCAAGCAUCCAUACUUCCACAAUUUCAAUGCCCGUGAAGCAGAGGAUUACCUUGCUUCCAAGAACAACGGAGAGUUUGUGAUCAGACCGUCUUCUAAAGGAAAUGAUCACCUGACUGUCACCUGGAAGAUUGAAAACCAGCUUUUCCAACAUCUUGAUGUGUUAGAGCUAGACAAGCUCAAUGAUUACACAGUUGGCCGCACCCUUCAAGUUGGAGAGUUCCGUUAUCACGAUCUGGAUGAACUGAUUGUCUCCCACAUCAACAACCUGUACUUGAAGGUGGAGGAAAUUGUCAACCACGAUAAGUUCAAAAACGAACCUCUCAACGAUACGAAGGAGUGGCUCAUCAGAUAUUCCAAAGCCAACAAGAACCGGUCAUGCUACUGUUUCUGCUACAACCACAAGUCUCCGGGAUGGUUCUACCUGCUUUUCAAGCUGAACGACAAGAGCGAUAAGCUGUAUACUUGGAACAUAAAGGUUCAGCCAAACGGUUAUCUGCUACAUGGAAACCUUUACCCUGACAUGGUCCACUUGUGCAAUGGUUUCAAGAAAUUGCUACAAAACCAAAUGAGCAGCUCAAGAAGCGGUUACACCAGCUAUGGUAGAUUCUGA